AUGGAAACUGUCAAUGUUCCAGAGCUCGUGGAGCGCCUGGGCAGCGAUGAGGAUGCCGUGCGCAAAAUGGCCGUCUUCAAGCUGCAGAGCAACAUCGGCGAUCCGUCCUUCGCCGACCUGUUUAUCGCGGAGGGUGGUCUCACCCGAUUGCGCUACCUGACACUCCACGCCAGUGGGAAUACCCUCGCAUAUAGUUUAACAAGUUUCUCUCGUCUGCUGGACGUUGACAAGGGGUGGGAGUGUGUGGAUGAAGAACUGGUCGAGCGCAUUGUGGAAUUAAUCGUCACACAUCCCCUCGUGAAUAUCCUUCGAGGCGCCAUGUCCAUUCUCGUGUCAAUUGUGUCCCAGCCCUCCAGCAUGCGCUCCGCUGAGCUCUCGGGCUUCCGCGCCCUGAAACCCGCCAUCGCGAUAUACCCCCAAUUCCUCGAAAUGCUCGUGACCCGACUCUCCUCCGCCGACCAUGCGCUAUGCGCGAAUGCGCUGCAAUUGGUCAAUUCCCUCAUGCGCGACUCGAUCACACAUGACUCCGAGGUCGAGUGGCCCAAGUUCAUACAGAAAUUACAAGAUCUCGGCGUGAUCAGAGCGGUCUAUGUGCUGAUGCAGGACCCUGCCCUCCAAGAUCUCACCCAUCCACUCAUUGAAUUCCAGUCCCUCACCAAGGUCUUGCUGCGCAAGUGGCGGGAUAUUCCCCUGGAUCAAGAGAAGCCCGAGCAUCGCCGUGCGCUGAAGGGAAUUCACCUGGCAAGCAACCCCGAGAAGAUGGAGGAUAGCGACGAUACCCGACGUUCCAGAAAGCAUCACCCAGAGAAGUGGAGGAGGCUGGGCUUUGAGUCCGAGAGCCCAGUGGCUGACUUCCACGAGGUUGGGUUCUUGGGGAUGAUGGACCUGGCAGAUUAUGUCCGUAGUCACGGCGAUGAAUUCCAGAAAUUGCUACUGGAACACUCCACCAAGCCCGUGGGGCAACGAUGCCCUGUUGCGCGAGCCUCCCUAGCCGUGACCUCCAUUCUCUACGAGCAUUUUGAAGUGGACAAAACCGAAAUGGACGAUUCGAAGGCAUUCAUUUCCGAAUCUCGCGCGCAAUUCGACAAAAUGUUCCAGCCUCUGCUGUUACACUGGACCCGACUACAUGUUGCCGGCUUACAGGCGUUUUUCCGACUGUGGAAAGCGACGGCGGCUGAAGCCGAGGAUCUGGAUAAGCUGAUUGAGCUUGUGCGCAUUCUCAUUGAGUCCGUAGUCGGCGGCGCAGAUCGGACCAAGGAUGUCCAGGAUGUCGAAGAGGACUUGGCGGAUUUCGAAUAUUGCCGCCUGCGCGGGUUGCAGAUGGAACUUCUGGAACUUACGUACGAGGACGCAUGGGGUCAUCAUUUGCGUCAGGUGCGCGAAGAGCUGCAGCAUGAGGCUUUGCAAUUCGUCAAGGAGCAGCGCAUCCGAUCGCUGCUUCAAGGGUGCUGGUUUGCGCUGGAUCACAAGCCCGAUGGCCCCAAGUCUGCCACGUACCAAUAUGCUCAGCUCUCCCAUAAUCGCAGGUACUUGCAUUUCGGAUCCUUCGAUCUGAUGGGAGACCAGGCGCCAGAGUUGGAUACCCUCCCCGAGAAAAGUAAGUGCUCCAUGUGUCACGCUUGCACGCAUCUGCUCACUGCCCUAGUCGAUCUCUCCCUUGUCUCCUCUGUCGUUUCCAACGUCUCCACUGAAAACUCGGCCACGGCCAAAUCUGGCCGUCAACCCACCACCAAGAUUACCAUCCAUGGCUGCACCCCGUCCCCCAGCAGCCAUGGCAAAGGUAACAGCCACACCCGCUCCGGAAGCAGAGCCACUCAAAAGGAGAUUAUCCUCCUUACUCUGCGGCCAUACUCGCACAGCAUUGCAUCCGAGUGGCUCGAUGGUCUGCUGAUGCUCCUCAAUCAGCAGCCCAUCACGGCGGAAACGACCAAGCUGAUUGACCUGGUCAGCAAUUAUGGACUGAAGAUUCGAUUGCUCAAUGUUCGCUUUGAUGACGCUACCUUUGCGGGCGAAGCACCGCCGGUCCCAGGCCGAGAGGGGCUGGAUGAGAACUACUACUAUGAUGUGUUUGGGGAAACGACCUCCCCUUUCGCCCUCUCCCAUCGCCCUGUCUCUCCAAAGUCCAAAGCCUCGACCAAGUCUCUCCAUGGCUUUUUUCAGCCUGCGACAGAAGCCCAGCGGUGGGCCACGGUCGAAAAAAAGCCUCCAGAAGAGGUCGAUCUCAUAGAAGAUGACUACGACUCUUAUGAUGAAAUUUUCACCCAACACCUCGCGAAUGAGCGUGCUCUUAGCUCGACCGCAACCCAGACACGCGAAAAGCCAAACCCAAAGCCCCCCAAAGCCAAGCCCAAGGUGCCACCCAAAAAGCCGACAAAGCGAUUUCUCCUUCCUUCCACUCGGCCAGCCGCGGAGGAACCAAUAUUGGAGGACAGAAGACCAUGGGCUCAGAGAUAUGCCCCAGACUCUUUAUCUACGAUAGCCGUUCACAAAAAGAAAGUAUCAGAUGUACAGGCAUGGCUAGAGGAUACAUUUGCUGGAAGACGCUCGGAGAGACUACUCGUCUUGAGGGGCCCAGCAGGAAGUGGAAAAACCACCACGAUAUCCCUUCUUUCCAAAUCCCUUGGAUACGAUAUCAUCGAUUGGAAGAACCCACCGAUCUCAGAAUUUGGAUCAAGCACCUAUCAAUCCGCGAGCGCCCAAUUUGAGGAGUUUCUGGGCCGCGGUGAUAAAUUCGGAGGAUUGGAUCUAGACUCCGAUGCAAGCAACGACAAGCGGAUCCUCCUCAUUGAGGAGUUUCCAUCCAUGGCAGGACAGGCCUCUGCGCAUACGGCCUUCCGAGUGUCUCUCCAGCGAUAUCUUGCAGCGAGUGGACGAGACCAUCCACCCGUCGUGGUCAUUGUUUCAGAAACAUUAUUGGGGUCUGCUUCGUCAUUUUCGGACAAUCUGACCGUGCACCGGUUGCUCGGGCCCGCGGUCUAUAACCACCCCGGGACCACAAUUAUUGAUUACAAUUCCAUUGCACCUACUUUCAUGCACAAGGCUUUGCGGUCAAUUCUAGAACGAGAGGCGUUGGACUCGAAGCGCGCACACAUACCUGGUCCGGCAGUGCUUGAUCGGAUCUCGGAAAUCGGUGAUAUUCGCAGUGCGAUCUCGUCGCUUGAGUUUCUCUGCUUGAAAGGGGAUAGCGCAGGGGUAUGGGGAGGUAGUCUUGCAAAGAAAAAAGGUCGUGCCGAGGUCGUACUGACGGCCAUGGAGAAAGAGACGCUGAGAUUGGUGACGCAGCGAGAAGCCAGUCUGGGGAUGUUCCAUGCCGUUGGAAAAAUCGUUUACAACAAACGAAUGGACCCGAGCUUGGUAGACAGUGAAGACAUUGAGGUUCUUCCUGCUCCGCCGGAUUACUUGUCUCAUUUCCAUCGGCCAAAGGUUUCGCAGGUCUUGGUCAAUGAUCUGAUCGAUGAGACUGGAACUGAUAUCUCAACAUUUAUCAGCGCUCUGCAUGAGAAUUAUCUCCCGUCCUGCCACGGUGACCACUUCACAGAUACUUUUGGAGAGUGUAUUGAGGCUCUCUCUGACAGCGAGAUCCUCGGCACCGACCGUCGCUCCAGGGGUGCGCGCGCAGGCGUAGGAACCGGUAUCAACACUCCCAGCGGCGGUGUUGACGCUCUCCGACAGGAUGAAAUGAGUUUCCAGGUCGCGACGCGGGGACUGCUGUUUGCGCUGCCAUAUCCUGUCCAACGGAAAGUUGGAUCUGGGGGGCGGCGAGCGGGUGACGCCCACAAAAUGCUCUAUCCAGCUUCUUUGCGGCUGUGGAGAGAUACGGAGGAGAUUGAAGGUUUGGUUGAUUCGUGGUCACAUCGACUACUUGGCCCAUCUUUGGCAUCUCAAAGCUCGGAACUUGCGGGUGUCAGUUCGUGGAAGAGUGCCGAUGUUGGGAGAGCCGAUGAAACCCACGGGGCAGUGACAAUGAUGCCGCGACAUGACCUUCUGCUCCACCAAUUGCCUUACAUGGCAAUCAUUCGACGCCAGGACCCCGAUUGGUGGCAGUUGAAUAAGAUUGUUGGCAAAAAUCGUGAUGCAGAGCCGACACCAUCAAUGCUUCCACCUCCAGAAGAGAAGCUGUACCUUAGCGAUGAUGAUAUUGUGGAUUAA